UUCACUUAUUUUUCUCUCUUCACAUCCCGCCCAAUAAGGUCCUACCAGGUUUGCUUUCUGGUCGUUAUUCUGAUUCUCACAAUUUACGUGACAAAACCUCGUACCAACUUCGUUUUCUCUUUUCCCUCAUAUCUUAUCUAUUUUCUCCCGCUUUCAUUUCUAAGUUGGAUGCAAAGUCGCUGCCAAUGACUGGAAUCUGGCGUGAAAAAAAUAAGCCAGAUGUUUCGAGUUGGAAGCAUGAUCAGCUUCACCAGAACAUGGAAGAUUUCUUAUUUAAAAUGCUUGGAGAUGGCUUUCAGCUUGACAGAAAUAUGAUUCGACAAGUUCUUGAUACUUGCGGGUACGAUAUUCAGAAGUUGAUGCCCUUAGAGAAAUUGCGAGUGCGAUGGGAUCGGCAUAUUGGAAAUUUGAUGCUGAUUCCUGCAGUAUUGAAAUGGUUGGACUAACGCAAGAA